AUGUCAGGAAUCGUAGAAAAGCGGAUUUUGAUUCGCAUGAGAAAAGAACUUCGAGAUUUGGAACGCUCGCCUCCAGAGGGCGUCAUCUGUUAUCCUUUGGACGACAACAUUAUGCAUCUACAAGCGGAAAUUAGAGGCCCAAAGGAUACGCCCUAUGCUGACGGCACUUUUAAGCUCGACAUUCAUAUUCCUGAGAAAUACCCCCUGGAACCGCCUCGUUGUCAGUUCUUGACUAAGGUCUAUCAUCCUAAUAUUGACGAUGAGGGGCGUAUCUGCCUUGAUAUCCUCAAAAGUCCACCCAAAGGCAAAUGGGGCCCCGCCAUCAGUAUCCCAACUAUGCUAACCUCUUUAGUAGUUCUACUUGGAGACCCUAAUCCGGAUGACCCUUUGCUAGCGGACAUUGCGAGUGAGUUUAAGGAAAACAAGGAGUUGUUCAUCCACAAAGCGCGGGAAUACACGAGGCGAUAUGCA